AUGGGAGAUGACUUUUAUGCGCUUGAGGAAAAAGACGGAAUUCGGUGCACCUGGAAAAACUGGCCUAACAGCAAAACCAUAGCGACGAGGAAUGUGAUUCCUAUAGUGGUUCUUUACACCCCACGAAAAAGCAUUGAAAGACUUACCUUGGUAGAAUACGAGCCUGUCUUCUGUAGUAAAUGCAGAUGUGCGCUGAACCCUUUUACCUCUGUGGAUUAUAUCUCCAAAGCGUGACUCUGCUCUAUCUGCUUGAACAGGAAUAUUUUCCCUCAAGUCUAUAAAAACUACAUAUCAGAGACAAAUCUCCCGUCUGAGUUAACACCGCAGUGCUCUACAAUGGAGUAUAUCCUGCCUCACCAGGUCUCAAGCCCACCUAUUUUUAUGCUGGUAGUCGAUACCUGCUGUUCUAAGCCUGAGCUGGAGUCUUUGAAGCUGUCUUUGCUACAAGUGUUGAAUACUUUGCCAUCAGAUGUCCUUGUAGGGCUGAUUAGUAUAGGGAAAAAUGCACUUGUUUAUAAUUUAGGGUGGAUGGAAGGGACGAGGAGUUUUUCUUUUAAAGGGGACAAAAGGUAUAAUACACAGGAGGUUAAGGAUAGGCUUGGGAUUUUGAAUGCCAGAGGGCCAAUUCCUGAUGAGAAAAGAGUAGUAGUGCCACUUGGAGACUGCGAGUUUGCCAUAACGAUAGCUAUUCAAGAGCUGAAAAGAGAUCCUUGGCCUGUAGCUGCGGGGACUCGUGCUCUAAGAUGCACAGGAACUGCGCUGAGUCUUGCUAUAAAUUCUUUAGAAAUCUUGCACCCAAACCAAGGGUCAAGAAUCCUGGUGUUUUCAGGAGGAGCCUGCACUAUGGGACCAGGAACAAUCGUCUCUCCUGACCUUGACGAGCCAAUUCGAACAUAUUUUGAUAUAAAAAAUGAUACCGCAAAAUAUGUAAAAACCGCUAAACAGUUUUAUGAUGAAUUAGCAAGCCAAGCUGGGAACAAUGGACAUGUAAUUGAUAUAUUUUCAUGCUCAAUUGAUCAAAUUGGGCUUAUGGAAAUGCGAGCUUUAAGCGAAAAAACAGGCGGGUACAUAGUGUUUUCUGACUCAUUUGAGACCGACGUCUUUAAAAAAUCGCUACAAAGUAUGUUUAACAGAGAAGAAACAGGGGCUCUAAAGAUGGGUUUUAAUGCUAAUAUUCAAGUAUUUUGCUCUCCAGACCUUAAGCUUUCUGCUGUUUUAGGCCCUGGAAACUCAUUAUCUAAAAGACCUCCAGAAAACAAUAGUGAUCCUAAUAAGAGGACAUAUCUAGCCAGCAUAGAUUUUAACACAACUUUAGCUUAUUAUUGGGAUCUGGCUGGAAAUGAGCUUGAAAGAGGCAGGAAGUAUGAAGUUAUUCAGUUCCAAACCAAUUAUCAGCACUCCAGUGGAAGAUUAAGAAUGAGGGUAACCACAGUAAAAUUCCCAGUUGCAGAUCCACAUGUUAUGAGCCAUUUCAUAUCAGGAUUUGACCAAGAAACUUCAGCAGUCGCAGUAGCACGAUGGGCAGUCCACAAGUCUGAGGUAGAGCCGACUAAAGAAGUAAUAGCUUGGAUUGACAGAACUCUCGUCAGGCUUAUUAAAAUGUUCGCAGUCUACCAAGCAAAUGCAAUCCACACCUUCCAGCUCUGCAGAGAAUUUUCACUAUUCCCUCAGUUUAUGUUUUACCUGCGCCGAUCGCAGCUUUUACAGACUUUUAACGUGUCUCCAGACGAGAGCGCUUAUUACCAGACUAUUAUGCAAAGAGAAAAUGUCAUAAACUCGCUCUUAAUGAUCCAGCCAGCUUUAUUAAGCUACUCUUUUGACUCUCCCCAAGCCCAGCCAGUGCUGCUUGACAUAGCGUCUCUCAAAAGUGACGUGAUUUUGCUUUUGGACACUUUUUUUACAGUCUUGAUAUGGCAUGGGGAGACCAUUGCAAGCUGGAAAAAACAAGGCUACCAAGAAAAAGAAGAAUACGAGAACUUCAAGACUCUGCUAGAGCUGCCUGUAGAAGACGCCUUGUCUAUUGUGCAGGAUCGGUUUCCUGUGCCUAGGUUUAUAGAGACUGAGCAUGGCAAAGGCCACGAAAGAGUCCUAAAAGCCAAAGUCAACCCUUCUGGAGGCGUGGAAAGCGGCAAUUACUUUUCAGAAGCUGUAUCCUUAAAGGUGUUCACAGAUAGCUUGGUCCAAUAUGUAAUAAAGCCUUAA